AUCUGACAGACUUUUAUAAAUUCAGCAAUGCACAUGUGACUUAACUACACUGGCGUUAUGCAGACCUUAAGAGCAAAUAUGAUUGUUGGAAAAUUCACACCGGAUAUGCACAUUUACAUUUGAUAGCCAGACACUUGUCAUGUCAAAGGAGCAAUAGAAAACAGUCCAGUCAUGACAAAAUGGCGAGCGGAGUUGGAAAACAUAAAUUGCUGUUGGGCCCAACAGAGCCAUGGUCAGUUAGGGAAAAGCUGUGCCUCGCCUCAUCUGUCAUGAAGAGUGGAGACCAAAACUGGGUGUCUGUGAGCCGAGCCAUUAAGCCAUUUGCAGAACCUGGACGCCCUCCUGACUGGUUCUCUCAAAAGCAUUGUGCAUCACAAUACUCUGAGCUCCUGGAGACAACUGAGGCCCCAAAGAGAAAGCGAGGUGAAAAAGGGGAGGUGGUUGAGACGGUGGAAGACGUUAUUGUUCGCAGGUUGACAGCAGAGAGAAUAGAGGAGCUGAAGCGAUUGAUCAAGGACACACAAGAGAAGCACAGGAAACUGAAGAGAGAAACUGAGCUCAUCCAGGCAGGACAUCUGGACUCUAAACUUGAGGAGCUAUGGGAGGAAAUUGUACGGAGCAGAAAACAUGAGGAAGAGGAAGCUGAAGUGAAAAGAAAGGCCACAGAUGCAGCGUACCAGGCCAGGCAGGCAGUGAAGAACACUCCUAAACGUGUGGCCAGUGUGACAGUGCGCUCCCCCACUGGGGCCUGCUCUCCGAGCCUGGAUUUUCCUACUGGAGACCCAUCUGAAGAUCCUAGCACAACUGGGGCAGGAUCAACAGUGUUUGUGCCCCUGACGGAGCUGCCAGGUCCUGGAGUGGUAGAGGCGAGUUUGGGGUCACUGCUGGAUGAAUCCACACAGAAGAAGCUUUUGGGUCAGAAAAUCACGCCGCCUCCCUCUCCUCUCCUGUCAGAACUGCUGAAGAAAGGCAGUCUUCUGCCCACCAGCCCCAGACUGGCAGUUGAGGGAGAAUCUCCAUCUAGUCAACUUACAGGGAGUCACGAUAAUCAGAUGAUGACUUCUUCGCUCCCUGCCUCUCAGGCAGCGACAGGUGCUCCCACACUGUCUCGUCUGCUGGAAGCUGGCCGCGCCCAAUUUCCGUCUCAGCUGAGCUCAUUGGCCACUGCAGACUCCGCCCUCAGCGCUGCCUCCUCUGCAGUGGACACCGCUGCCCCACUCGGCACAGGAGGUGAUGGAGCCCCCAUGGCUUCAGUGGAUAAUAAGGAGGCAGUUUUAGGGGAAGAGGACCUGGUGACUGUGUCCUAUAUGGCAGAGGAGCUGGACUUAGAGACAGUUGGGGACAUUAUAGCCAUUAUUGAAGAGAAGGUAAAUCAGACAUGCACUUUUAUCAUACUUUUUUUAAAAUUAUUAUCAGGUACCUGGGAGCCCGACCCAUUCAGGCCCAUUGGCCCUGAGCCCUCCAGCACUUCAGAGGUAUUAGACCCACAUUCCCUGCAUCUGUUAGAGGGGAAGCGAGAGGGUCCUGACAUGUGUGGAUGCAGCAGUAGCGGCGCACAGGGGUACACAACACCCUCCACCACUGUCCCCUCUUUUCCUCAAGACCCUACUCAAGAGCACACUGUCGAGGCCCAGGAUGGGGGGCCAGAAUCACUGCAUGCUGUGAUCAAAAGUGAGACUGAUGAAUGGACACAGUCUCAAUCAGAUACACGGUCAGAAGAUGACCCAGUGAUAAAACAGCACUCAAAGGAAGUGAAAGAGGAGGAGGAGGCCGUGAGUGAUGCGGAGGAGGGCAGUGUGUCGGAGAUGAAAGCCGGAUUAGAAGGGGAUGAAGUCGAGGAUUGUGGGGGAGAAGAGGAUGGAGACGGAGUUUAUCUCUCAGAGCCUGAGGGGGAAACAGAGUUGGAUCCUCCGGCCAGCGAGAGCGAGGACGGCUACAGCAUGCGCACGGCAUCCUCUUCUGUACAGCUCCACACAACUGCAGACUCCAUUCCCAGCAGCCCUGCCUCCUCACAGUUCUCUAUCUGCAGUGAAGAUCAAGAAGCAAUUCAGGCUCAGAAGAUCUGGAAGAAAGCCAUUAUGUUGGUGUGGCGAGCAGCAGCCAAUCACAGGUAUGCAAAUGUCUUCCUGCAACCAGUGACGGAUGACAUCGCCCCUGGUUACCACAUUAUUGUGCACAGGCCAAUGGAUCUGUCCACCAUCAAGAAGAACAUUGAGAACGGGCUGAUCCGCACCACAGCUGAGUUCCAGCGCGACAUCAUGCUGAUGUUCCAGAAUGCAGUGAUGUACAACAGCUCGGACCAUGAUGUGUUCCACAUGGCCGUGGAGAUGCAGAGGGAUGUUUUGGAGCAGAUCCAGCAGUUUCUGGUGACACAGUUGAUCAUGCAGACCUCGGAAUCAGGCAUCAGUGCCAAGAGCCUGCGUGGGAGAGACGCCAUCUGCAAACAGGACCCCAAUGACAAGGUGGGAUGCUUGUAUUAUAUGCCAUAGCAUUUUACACUUUUGCACAUUU